AUGGAAAGGGGUCUUCCUCGUCAUCUUGAUGCUGACGAUUUUGCGCGCCUCAGCAAGCGUGUUGUACGAAAGCUCGACCUCCUGCUUCUGCCAUUUCUGUGUUUACUGUUCUUGCUCAACUCUCUAGACAAGUCCAACGUUGGGAAUGCAGAAUCUGGUCAUUUCACCGAAGACCUGGGGUUGCCCAAGUCCGCCUUGAACGUAUCCGUGGCUUGGUUCUUUGCUGUCUUCGUCUCUUGUCAGCCCAUUGGUGCCUACUUUGGUCGCAAAUAUGGUAUGGCUCGAUACGUACCAGCGGUUAUGAGCCUUUGGGGAGUGUGCACUGCUCUUCAUAUCGCUGUGCAGUCUCAGACACAACUGGUGGCCUUGAGAGUACUCAUCGCAGCUCUAGAAUCUGGCUUCUAUCCUACCACAGUUAGCUAUUUGAGUCUCUGGUAUACACGUUACGAGUUUGGCAAGCGCUUGGCUUUUUUCUACGGUCAAGCUGCUCUCGCCGGAUGCUUUGGCGGCCUCCUGUCUUGGGCCGUCUUCAGUUACUUCCCCCAUGAGGACCCUACUCCACACGUAGCUGCGGCGAGAUGGAGAAGUUGGGAGGUUCUGUUCCUGAUUGAAGGCUGUUUGACGAUCUUGGUUGCAUUCGUUGGAUUCUUUUGGCUCCCACACAGUGCAAACACAGCCUGGUUUCUCACCACUGACGAACGCUUUGUUGCAGAAGAGCGGAUUCCCGAUAUCCAGGAGCGAAGGGCAUCUAACGUAUCAGAGUCGCGUCCAUCUUUGACACUCGAGGACGAGGAAGCUGAUUAUCUGCUCCCUGGUGCCGAGAUCACACGGCCAUCGCCACGUCGAGCCAGUCACGCUUCAGUCACGCCCGUCACUGCUGAUAGUGGUGUGUCUCGCGAAGACAUCUUCUCUGCUAUAGCUGAUUGGAAGGUCUGGUAUCUUCUGUUCUGCAACAUCUUAUCUGCUAUUCCGGCCACUGCGUUUGCAGUCUUCCUCCCACUCGUUAUAAAAGGCAUCGCCGGGCGAGACGACCUGGGCCCGGCUGCCAUAAAUCUCCUGGUGAUACCCCCGUUCCUGGCAGGCGCAGUAAUCCUGUGGAUCUUUACUUGGUGGUCUGACAAACACCGGAUUCGUCUGAUUCCAAUCUUAUACGGAUUGGGCAUCUUACUCGGCGGUCUCGCCGCCACGGUCGCGCUACCCACGCAUGCAUACAAACUCCGCUAUUUUGCCUUGACUGUUCUCUUGUCCGGCUCGUUUGUAGCCUCACCUCUUACAGUAACAUGGCUGAGCAACAACAUACCCGAGCCUGGAAAACGCGCGAUCGUCCUUGGAAUUAACGGAUGGGGAAAUCUCGCUGGCGUGAUCUCAAGCAUGCUGUUCGCUCCCAAAUACGCCAAUGACGGCUACAUCGUCCCCUUCUAUGUUACUCUAGUCUGUGUGUUGACUGCAUUCGUGGGAUACCUUGCUUUUAGGGCCUUGAUUGUCGCAGAGAAUGGUCGACGAACACGGAUUGUGGCAGAAUGGAACGAUGAGGAGGUCCGACAUGAAGCCAUGUUCGGAGACAGCGCUGUAGAGGAGAAGGGCUUUUGGGCAUUCUUCACACGAAUCUGCAGGCUGAAUAAUUUACGCGAAUGGCUCGGAGUCGAUAGACUACGGCGUGGAGAUGAGAAGCUCACUUUUCUGUACAGUCUGUAA